CCUAGGCAUCCCUGAACCCCACAAUUUCAUCUUCUUCAGCUUAGCUUCAUAACUUACCAUACUAACUUACAGUUUACACAUUCACCUUACCUCGGUGAAUCUUCAAAAAAGGCCAGUCCUGUUGGAGCAGAGCUUUAUAUAUAUCAAAUCUAACUUAGCGUACUAUCGUUCCAUAUUACCCCGACAUAAGGCUACGAUAUAAAACACCCCCAAGCACAUCAUCUUACCGCCAUCAUCAAUUUCUAUAAAUAUCCUACCAGAUCAAAUAGCAAUAUACUCCCCAAAAUGGCAGACAUUCAAGUCGUCGAAGGCACCGUCAAAGUCGAUGACGUAACCCUCCACACCAAGUCCUGGUUUCCAUCCGGCCCUCCAAAAGCCAAGCUGAUCGUCAUCCACGGAUUCAGCGACCACGUGGACCGGUACUACGACUUCUUCCCGACGCUCGCGCGCCGCGGCGUCGCCGUCUACGGCUUCGACCAGCGCGGCUGGGGCCGGAGCGUGCGCCGGCCCGCCGACAAGGGUCGCACGGGACCCACGGCCACCGUGCUAUCCGACAUCGCCGCCUUCAUCCGGGCUAAGGUUUUCGGUGGCGGGGACGGCGACGGCGACGUCCCGGUGUUUAUGCUGGGCCACUCUAUGGGCGGCGGCGAGGUGCUUACUUUCGCUAGCACGCCCGAGUACGACGAUAUCACUGCUAAGAUUAGAGGCUUCAUUCUUGAGGCGCCGUUUCUGGGCUUCGCGCCUGAGUUCCAGCCUUCUUGGUUGACUAUUGCUAGCGGCCGCCUCGCCGCCCACGUCGUGCCAAACUUCCACCUAUUCAAGCCGGUACCCCCGGAGCACCUGUCUAGGGAUACGGAAGUGCAGAAGAACAUCGCGGACGAUCCGCUUAUGCACAACACGGGCACCCUCGAGGGCUUGGCCGCCAUGAUCGACCGCGCCGAGUUCCUGUCCGCGGGGAAGCUUAAGCUGCGGCCGCACGUUAAGUCCGUGUUCCUCGCGCACGGCACGGCGGACAUGGUGACCAGUUUCGAUAGGGUAAAGGAGUGGUGGGAGAGGCAGAAGUUGGAGGACGGCACGUUCAAGGCAUACGAGGGCUGGUUUCACCAGCUGCAUGCCGAGCCCGGGAAGGAGGUGUUUUACCAGGAUGUUGGAGAUUGGAUAUUGGUGAGGAGUGGUGGGGGCGAGGAAAUGCGAAGGGCGCCAGAGUCAAAGUUGUGAAUGGGAACGAGGAUGUGACUAAGGGGAUUCAUGAGUAAUACCGAAUCCGUGUUUGCAUGUCUGAAUUGAGGAUCGGUACCAAUAUCCGGUGCUUUCUUUUUCUUGACGACGAUAGAUAUAAUUAUGUAUAGUAAGGCGGGGAACGUGAAAAUUCCUUCCAUUGAGGUUGUGUGAGAAAUGUUAGGGAGGAAUGUAUAAUAAUCAAGGCUGGUUAACGAUUUGACAAUAGAGUCGGGUCUGUGU